AAAGGAAGUAAACAAAUUAAGUUGUAGCCCAUUGGACAUAUAUAGUAGCCAGCAAACAACCAACUCAAAGUCCAAUUAACCAACCUCCAUAGCAACACACGCACGGAAAGCUCUUCCUUCAACCAUGGCUGAGCUUGAGAGCCCUGAGGUGAUGCCCAAAAUCAUAGGCUCCCUCUCCUUACUCCUACAGCGGGUGGCCGAGUCCAACGACGUUGCUUGCCGGUUCGAGACGCAGAAGAUCUCCGUCUUUCACGGCCUCACUAGGCCCACCAUCUCCAUCCAGACCUACCUUGAGAGGAUCUUCAAGUACGCCAAUUGUAGCCCCUCUUGUUUCAUCGUUGCAUAUGUUUAUCUCGACAGAUUCACGCAGAGGCAGCCCUUUCUGCCCAUCAAUUCUUUCAACGUGCAUCGUUUGCUUAUUACUAGCGUCUUGGUCUCUGCCAAGUUCAUGGAUGACAUGUAUUACAACAAUGCUUACUAUGGUAAAGUUGGAGGAAUCAGCACCACAGAAAUGAACCUUCUUGAGGUGGACUUCUUAUUUGGUUUGGGAUUCCAAUUAAACGUGACACCCACAACCUUUUACUCCUACUGCUCUCAUCUCCAAAGAGGAAUGCUGCUCCAACCCCAUCUAAAUUUGGCGGAACAUUCUCUAAAACUGGAGAGACAUCUGAAACUCCAUCGCUUCAAGGAAGAUGAUUCCACCCACCAAAAACAUGAACUUGCUGUUUAGGCACUUCUUUGGGGGAUCAUGCAUGAUCCCAUCCCAUGGUCUCACUAUACAUAUAUAGUUCAGCUAGUUUUGCUUGAGUUCGUACAUUUUCCCAAUGUACUUUAAUAUUAUGCUUUGCUUUGAAUUUUGAAACUUUUUUUUUUUUUCUAUUUGGGUUUAGAAUUAAUUUGUCUAUCAGUCAGUAUUUAUUAUCCCACACACUACAUCUUAUAAAAAAAAUUAUCAAAUAUAAAAUGUAGAUGUGAAUAGUAACUGAUGCAUAAUAAUUUAUAGUAGAUUGUUGGUGGCCAUUAUGUAUAGAAGG